AUGGCCGCUUCCAUCCAGCAGACGAUCCGCCAGUCGCCGCCCGUCGACCUCUCCCGGCCCUACGAUGCUCGUUGGCUCCACGACAGGCACAUCCUGAUCACCGGUGGUGCCAGCGGCUUCGGUGCAGGCUUCGUCCGCCGGUGGGCCGCCAGCGGCGCUUCGGUCGUCCUAGGCGAUGUCGACGCCGACAAGGGCGAACAGCUGGCCAGCAGCCUGCGGCAAGAACUAGGGAAUGCAAAUAUUCACUUUGUCCACUGCGAUGUCACCGACUGGCAGUCGCAGGUCAAUCUCUUCAAGCAGGCUGUCAAGCUCAGUCCUCACGGCGGCAUAGAUACCGUCGUAGCAAACGCUGGCAUAGCAGGUGCUGACCAGCUGGUAACCCCGGGAGACAUGAGCGCCGACGAGCCACCUGAGCCAAACCUCAAGGUCACCGACGUAAAUUUUUAUGGAGUGCUCUACACAACGCAUCUGGCCUUCUACUACCUCCCGAGGAACCCGGGCUCAAGCCCAUCCGAUCCCAACACCGACCCCUCGAAUACCACUCGGGACCGCCAUCUCCUUCUCCUAGGCUCAAUGGCUUCGCUGGCCCCAAUAGCCAUCCUGCCCCAGUAUGGAGCGGCAAAGCACGCCGUACUGGGCCUGUUUCGUUCACUGCGCACUUCGUCUUUUGUGCAGGGCGUGCGCGUUAACAUGAUCCUGCCUUACUUCGUUGACACGCCAAUGCUCUCUGGAGUAGCCAAGACCAUACUCGCAGGAAACGGCUUAGGAAAAGCCGACGACGUAGUCGAUGCCGGAACGCGAUUUACUGCAGAUUCCAGUAUCUGCGGAAGGGCGCUGGUCGUGGGACCGCCGGUCAAGGCGAUGAGGACAGAAGAUGGACAGCUUAGGCCGGUCGUGGGCGACGAUACGGCUGAUGGCACAGAAACAGGCAUCUGGGAAUGCUAUGCCGACGACUUUGAGGAAACGGAGGUGUGGACGAGGCGAUGGGUCGCCGUUUUGAAUCAGCUGGAAAGGGCGAUAGGGUGGAGUGGAUGGGCGAAAGACAUGGCCAAGACUGUCCUGAGCGCGUGGAGAGGAAGAUGA